AUGGCAUUUAUUAAAGGUGUAAAUGAUUCGAAAUGUUGGAUCGGUACUGAAAAAGGUGUUAUCUAUGUAUAUGAUCAUCCAAGUUUCUCGACGUACUUUACUAUUUCCGAUGCUCAUUCCGGUACUGUUCACACGAUAAAGCGAAUCGAUCGAAACAUUUGGACAUCCAGUGAGAAAACGAUAUGUGUCUUCGAUGACCAAUUGAAUGUCAAGAAAAAGAUUGACAAUAUCACAUCAAAGGUACUCAGUUUGACUGCACACGACCGCUACGUCUAUGCAUCGUGUUGGGACACAUCGAUACUGGUGUUUGACAAGGAGAGCUUCCAGUGCAUCCAACAGCUCAACAAGAAACACUCGGAUCCCGUCAGUUUUGUGGUUGCCGUACGAACUCACACCUUUGGAAUCUCUGAGCUCUGGGCAUCGUCGUGGGACAAGCGAAUCUCUGUCUACAGCAUCUGCGAAUCCGAUCAACCCGCAGCCAACGAAGAUAGCUCACCCAUUGGCAAUGGCUAUGCAACGAUAUCAGGUAGUACUUCAUUAUCCAGCACUUCACUGCUAAGUGGUAUGCAUACCACCAAAAAGCAAACUUCACCUCCUUCUCCCAAACCAAGAGUUGUUAAAUUAAGUUUUGUAAAUUUUGGUGUAACUGCGGCUGCAAUAGCAAAUGAUCACCAUCCAAUACCUUUGGUCAAAACAAACACCAACUCCAAUAACAACAACAUUAUUAGUAUUGAUAGUAAUAAUAAUAGUAUAGAAAAUAGAAAUGGGGUUGUUAGUGGUAGAUGCUCACCAAGUUCCAAUAUUCUACCACUGUAUAUUGAAAAGGAAAUAGUAAAGACAGUGUUGUUCGAUCGUAAAUAUACACCUAUUGUAUGGAAACUAAGAUUGACUCUUGUUUGUAGACGUUGGUUCGGUAUGGUCGUAGAAGAGAUUCCACAAAUGCUCUCACUGAAAGCUAUUAGUCUUCAUUCGAUUAGAGAGUGGCUCGAUCAAAGUCAGUCUAGAUUCGCACUAUGGCCAACUCUCGAUACAUUAUCACUCUGCACCUCUGCAGAUGGAAGUACCACCACCAACACCACCAACAACACUAACAACACUAAUAACAAUCAAAUAUAUAACAACAACAUUAGCAGUGGUAGUAGUAGUGGUAAUAAUACAAUAAUAACAGGAUCAUCUUUAAAAAAGUUGUAUUAUAACAAUACUAAUAAUAGCAAGAAAGGAGGAGUGGGAGGAGUAGUUGUUGGUAAAGGAUUUCAUCUUGAGGUUUCUCUACCAAAUGACACGGAACUGAAACAACUGUAUGCCACAGUGAAAUCAAUAAAGAUCAUGGAAUUAAAAAAUGGAAAUGAAAAUUUUGUAAAAUAUUAUGAUGGAUAUGCGAUUGUUUCGAAUGUAACGGUUGAUACUGUUCAGAAGGUUAGUGCUUUGGAGACUAGUUGGGGAAAGUUGGCUUUGGGUGAAUUUAAAAAUAUAGCCUAUCAAGUGAUGGAGGAUAAUAGUUUGAACAUUACCAUUACAGAUGAUAUAGUGUUUAGAGGAUUGAUUAGAGUUUUUGGAAAAAAGAAAAAAGACACACAGGAUUUCUUUUGGAAUCCAGUGAUUGUUUCAUCGAUUUCAAGAGUUCCAACAGAAGGAGGAACCAUAACAGUCAUUGGAGAGUACCUUCAGAUUGUUAAUAACUCACCAAAUUCAUUAAUAGUUUCCGAAGAUAAGAAAUUUAAAGAUCAAAAUAAUAAUUCAACAAGGAAUAUUUUUUAUUAUUCAUAUUCAUCAGAUAUUAUUCAAAAUAGAGAUUUGGAUAUAAUUUUUAAAGUUAGAGAUUCACAAUUUCAUUUUAAUUAUUCUUUUCUUGAACCCAAUAUUACGGGUGCAUAUUUCGAAAACUCUAGUUUAAUUGUAGAUGGUAGUAGUUUUUCUGCCAACGAUGAAUGGAUUGUAGUUGAAAUUGGAGAUAUUGUGAUGAAAAAUAUUUCAUUAAAUAAAAUUCAUGUACAAGUAACUUCCAAUGUGGAUUCAGAUUUCCUGACCUCUGUUCAAUAUGGAAUUCACCCAGUUAAACUCAAAGUUAAUAAUGUUGAAUCAAAUCUUUACAAUUUAUCUAUUGUUCCCACUUUCAAAGAUAUUAAAGUGAAUAUAGAUAAUAGUGUUCAUGGUGGUUUGAUGGAAAUCCAUGGUUUAUUUUUAUAUCUUAAAAAUAGCACCAACAUUUCAAUUACUUUUGGAGAUUUGAAUUGUACUGUAAAUACCACAUUGUCAAAUAAUGGUACUUUACUUUAUGCAAAUAUAGCUCCUUUUUAUUUAAAUCAACAACCAGGAGUUAAUAGUUUAAUCAACACCUCAAUUAUUAUCAAAAUUAAUGAAUAUGAAACAUUUUAUUCAUAUGGUAAUAUUACAAUCAACUCACCUAAUAUUACUUCGAUCAGCGAUUUAAGAAAUGGAGAGGUCGACAUCUUUGGAACAUACUUUGGAGAUGUUUCUAAAUCUAAUUUAGAAAUCAAAGUUGAUUAUGUACCAUGUAAUAUUACCUACCAUUCAGAUACUUUAAUCAAAUUCAUUAAACCAGAAUCAGAAGAAGGUCAAAGAGAACUCUUGGUCAAGAUCAAUGGAUUCCCAAUUGACUUUGGAGCAAAUGAAAUGUUUGUUUUCCAAAAAGAUGAAAAAAAUGUGGUUCCAGCGGAGGAAGAUAAAGACAAAACCAAUUGGAUCUUUAUGCCAAUAAUUGGAGUUUCGAUUGUUGGUCAUUUGUUAUAA